AUGUACAUCCCAACCCUCCUCCCCCUCACCCUCCUCACCCUCCUCGGGGCAACCUUAGCCUCCCCCACCAUCGCAGCAAUGGAGAAGGAGAAGCCGUUAGCCGCGCGAGUGAAUAUCCUACCCAACGGCGCAACCUGCAACAAGGACGGGAGUAUGGGUGUCUGCCAGAGUAAUUUCUGCAUGCACGACGUCGACGACGCGAUGCCUCGGUACGCGCACCUGCAUCGGGACAAACGCCAAGCUCUGGAAGUCACCCGGGGGGAGGGCGGCCAACGGGCCAACGACCACCUGACUGAGUCCACCGUCAAGGCGAUCUGGACAUAUCUGCGUCGCAUGGGGGGUGGUGACAGGUUUGUUUUCUGGCAACAACUUUGA